GGGGGGGGGUGGAAUUUGGAAAUCAAAGUACAAAGUACUACAGACAGUACAAUAGACGACAAACCUUUUUUCUGCAGCUCGACUCCCUCCCUCCCUUUUCUUCACAGCCGUCCAGACUUGACUCGCUCUUUCUUUGUGCGCGCGGACCAAGUUGACUAAUAACUACAUUUCAUUUGGAAAGGACUGGAUAAGACGGGAGAAACAGCAUGGCUUUCCCAAAGAACUCGUUCAUAUUGGUGUUUCUCCUUGUUUGUUCCCUCAGCUGGAAUGCCUGGGCCAAGGUGAACAUGACCAUGGAGGAGAGUGUGGAGGUGUACCUGGGUGACAUAGCAGACAUCCCCUGCCAGUAUGUCUUCAGUGAGCAGGCCAGAGCAGUCAUGAUCCAGUGGUUUGUGAGGAAUCCCGGUAGCAGUAGCCGGGAGCGGAUCUACUACGGUGACAACACACAGCAGAUAGUGGAUGGUGGUACAGACUUUACGGGCCGUAUCACAGUGUCCGACAUUGGGGACCAGGAGGGCGUGCUGCUUACCAUCCAGGACGUCCAGCUGACUGAUGAGAGGGAGUUCUUCUGCCAAGUCAACGGCAUGGCUGCAGGCAACGGAGAAGGCAAGACCCACCUCAGGGUGUUCGAUCCUCCAGAGGCCUCAGUAAUUGAAGGUGUCCAUGCUGGAAUCUCUGUGACCAAUGAGCUGCCAUCAAGGAUUGCAUCGUGUGAGGCAAGGAACAGCUUCCCCAAACCCAACAUCACCUGGUACCGUGACAGCAGCCCACUUACCCCCACACAUGGCCAGAUCAAUGUGGUAACAUUGGUGACCCGUGAGUCCAGUGGCUUCUACACGGUCCAGAGUGAGCUGCAGUACAAAGUGGCCAAGGAGGACAAGGACGCCCUGUUCUCUUGUGAGGUCAGCUACUACGUUCCAGAAGGUGUGAGGACAGCCAAGUCCAAGGUCAUCAACAUCACUGUGCACUUCCCCACGACCAUCAUCGAGUUGUGGAAGGAAUCUCCCCAGGGCCUGGUCAAAGAGGGGGACACUGUGGAGCUUCGUUGCCAAGGCGAUGGCAACCCCCCGCCGCCCUUCACUUUCAACCGAGAACAAGAGCAGGAGACGGCGCUGGAGGCCAGCGAUGACACUUUGGUGCUGAGGGAGGUGAUCCGUGGGGACAGCGGGGUCUACCAGUGUCGUUCUCUGGACUUGGACACCUACGAGCAGGUCACGGGAGACAUGCAGCUCACUAUCCACUAUCUGGACCCAGCUGUUGUGGUGCCCAAAGACUCAGAGAUCUUGUUAAAAGGAGAGAGUCUGACUGCUACCUGCAACGCUCUGUCUUCCCUGGAAACCGCCACUGUCUGGUUCAAGAAUGGGCAGCAGGUUGGAAAAGGCCACGUGCUGUUCCUGCAGGAUGCCACCUAUGACACGGCAGGAGAGUAUGUGUGUGAGGUGACUGUUUCUUCCCUGCCUGGACUGCACACCUCUGGCUCGGUCCACAUCAUCGUCCAGGGUGCUCCCCAGAUGAAGGAUGCUGACAGGGAGGUUGAAAUGGAUGAGGGAACUGGGAAGUGGGUGAACCUGAGCUGUGAGGCACAUGCACACCCCCUGCCCACCAUCUCCUGGACCGUGACUGGCAGCCAGAGCUGGCGCGAGGUGCUGACCAGAGCCACGGAGCAGAGCACUAUCAGCGUGGUGUCCAUCAAAGUGACAUCUGACAUCACAGCCUUCUGCAACGCCACCAACGAUAUUGGCACAGAGACAAAGUCCUUCAGCAUCAGAGCCAUUCCCAUGGUCACUUCAACUGCGCCCUACUCCCCCGCUGAGGGGAAUGGUGUGAUCAUUGUGGUUAUCAUCCUCUGUAUCCUUCUGCUGGCCAUCCUGGGCAGUGUGCUCUACUUCCUCCACAAGAAGGGAAAGAUCCCCUGUGGCCGCUCUGGCAAGCAGGAAAUCACCAAGGAGAACCCCAACAAAGAUGACAUUGUGGUGGAGAUGAAGACUAACACCAAGACCGAGGAUGCCGGACUUCUGAAGGGCGUCAACGGUGACAAGAAUGGACCCAGCGACCAGUACAUGGAUCUGAGGAAGUGACAUAUGCAGAGGGCCGAGCUCUGACGUGGCCAGCCGAAGCUCUUCGCCACCCCACCACAUCCACCCACAAUCCAAGGCUAGACUACUAGAAGCCUUGGAAAAAUCAGCUUUCACAAUCACUUUAUAAUUAGGACUCAAUCAAUCACUUUCCCCACAUUUCUUCUGUGUUCAGCAGUAUUCCCCAUAUCUGGCCAAAACCACACAGGAACACACCACAGAUUUGAAGGUAUAUGAUAGAGGUUUGUAGGAUGUUUUGAUUGCUCCGUUUGACUGUUUCUUCUUUUGUACCGUUUCCCCAAAGCCUUUUUGAUUUGAUUUGAUUUUGCUGUUUUCAAGUGUACGAUGAUGUUCAUUAAUUGUGCGUUAUAAACUUUAUAAAGUGUAUAUAUUAUAUAUAUUUCAUUAUUUAAGAUAUUUUGACACAUACCUUUCAAACUUCAUGGUAGUAUCUGUUUAUGGUGUCAUUUUGCUUUAACUAUUCAUCCAUGUUUAGGCGUUCCAACAUUAUCUUAUGGAGGUGAUUUGACCAUAAAUGUCACUCAAGUCAGGCCAAGGGUUCUCUCUUCAUACCUUCACCCUCUUAGGGCUCUAUUCAAUCUGUAACUCUGAAGUGUUACAGAUUCCACAAUAUAAAUGUUAAGAUCAUUCCCGAUUGAGCCGACAUAAGCAGCGUCUACCGUGAAUGCAGUCUCAGCUAAAGCAAGAACAUUGCCUUUAAAUUACAAUCAUGCUGUAAAGCUGAAUUUCCUCGAUGCGGAUUAAAUAGAGCCCUCAGUUUCUUUUCUGAUUGUUAUGUCUUCUUAAGCACUAUCAGUGGCAUCAGUGGAAGCUUAAAGGUACUGCAUGUAACAAUUCAACAACGAACCGUCUCUUGUUGUCAAAUUGACUGGUCCGUUGUUGAAUUGACAAUACAGGAUUUGCUGGCUUCAGUCAAUUUGACAACAAGAGAUGGUCUGUCUUUUGAUAGCCAAUACGGCUGCACCAUUUGAAUGCAAUUUUGUGUAGGCAGAUUGUUAAACAAAUUCAAAUAAAUAUUGUGAAACUAUCAUUCCACUAUAACUAUACAUAUAUUAAGGACAUUUUCUGAAAUUACAAUGGAAAAAUAUUACAUAUAGCCCUUUAAGUCCCCACACUAAAACUCCCUGCCACGGGGGCAAGGUGGAUCUAAAUCCUCAAUCCGUGUUGACAUAUUCCAGCAGUCACACCACUGAAUUACAGGACUCUCCUCUUCUACUCUAAUCACCAUUUACUUAUGUUACAUGUACAUCCAGAUGUAAGAAGUAUGUGACCUGUGGCAGUAUACAUGACCUGUUGUCUGCCAAAGCUUAUGCAAAGCUGGUUAGUUUUGUGAAUGGUCUACUAUCAGUGGACCAGUUGGUGUUUUUAUGUUUUUUGUUUUUACUUUUCUUUUGGAAACAUGCAGUAAGUAUACUGGUGUUCAAGACCUGAUCCGAUGAAUAAUCAGACUGUGUCUACAACUCUACAUUCUUCAAAGCUCUGUUGUACACAAUUAUAACGCAAUAAUUUGUUAUCCAUUAAUCAUUCAUGAUAUCAAUAUGAUAUUCAUAAUAUGCUAAUCUGUUGACAUUGGACCAAUUACCCUUUGUAAUGUUUAGAGAGACAUACAUUGUGAGUGUGUGUACAGCACUAUAUUGGCUCACUAAAAUCUUUGACAGCUAUACUCCAUCAUAAGACAUAAGUUCUGGAGCUGCCUAUCUGAAGAGAGAAAGCCUAAAGUAAAUCAGGGAACCAGUGAGCUUGUCAUGUCAGAUAAGCAGUAGUGGCCCAAUGCUUUGCCACCGUUAUGUAAAUGGCGAAACGCCAUGCCAACAGCCGUUUAAAUUUAGUCCGGAAAACUCGCCCAUCCGGAUGGGUCAUUCUCUUGUGAACUACUGUCAAGCUCUUGUACUGUUUGUAAUCGUAGCAUAAGAACCUUUGUAGCCAUGGCCUUCAACUGUCUUUUUUUAAAUGGCCUACUGUUUUAUAAUCUGCAGUGCCUGUGGAAAUUUGUCUCAUUUUGAAAAUGUAAGAUACACUGAAUAUUUUCUUUUUUCUUAUGUGCUCUGUGUAUUUCUUUGUGUUUGGGUGAGCACCAAGCAGACCUGAAGGUCAUUUUGUGUGUGAUCCAUUUUGGAUGCUUAUUGUAAGUUGUGUGCAGGGAAGAAUUGUUGCUCUGAUUUGUAUCAUUUACGGAAUGGUGAUAUGUUAGAGUUCAAUUUGUACAAAUAGUGUAUGUUGUGAUCCUAACAUUGCCUUCAAAGGUAAUAUUUUAGUGGUCAUUGUAAGUGUUUAGUUGAAAUGUAAUACAUUUUGUUCAGCCAGCUUUCAUCCUGCCAUUGGACUGCAGAUAUUGGACCUUUGGUAGUAGUAUGACAACUGUGUGCCUUUUUUGUUCAGUCUGGUUUAGUUGUGUUAUAGUGUAGUGUUGUGAUGCUUAUGGAAGGAAGAGGUCUGGACAUAGGAGUGUUUUAGUUUCGUUCAUUUAUGUCACCCCAAGACAGAUCCCAACACAGAAGGAAAAGCUUGUGGAUGACUGGCCUACAUGAUGUAAAAAAGGUUCACCGUUAGCCAACACCACCAGUGAAAACAGCAUGUUAUGCAGUUGGCUCAGAAAAUAUCAAGUUAAACCUGCUUCCUCCCAUCCCAACCACUUUCUUUGACUGAUAUGUUAUGACUAUCUGGAACAGCUACUGGUGGACAAAAAUGUUUGGACCAGCAGUUUAUCAUUGUUUUGUAAUAUUUUGAUUUUGCAACUGUGUGUAAAUUAAGUAUAGUUCUUGUGAUUUGAUGCUUGCAUUUUUUAUAAUUCUUUUUUGCAAGAAAAUGCCAAAUAAAAAAGUUAAAUUUGA